AUGUCUCACGACAAACUAGUUGGCUUGGGCUUACUAAUUGCCGUCGCUUCUAUUCUGAAUUGGAUAGGAGUUUUCACCCAGUGCUGGCUUUAUGACAAUGAUUACUAUCAACAGGAGUGUGCUGGAAUUGUGCCAUUUUAUACGACAGAAGUUAACUGGUUGGCAGCAUCUAGUUGGCUAAUGUUUAUAACCGUUGCGCUUUCAUUCAUCAUAAUUUCCCUUUACUUUGUUACACUGUAG